AUGGCGAAGAUUUAUAAAGACACAAGGGUCGAUCUCCGUCCAUUCUCGCCCACAACAGUUGCCAACAUCCACGUUUCUCCCGAGAGCGCGGUCCGACGAGCACGCUUUUCGAUCUCAUCCACAACCACACCCGAUCACGAACCCAUCGCGAAAGACGAGGACGAAUUCGCCAGGCGCUAUCUCGCAACACAAGGCACGGUCUACUUCCGGAAGCGCAAGACGUACCCGAGAACCUUCGUGUGGAGGGUCGUCAAUGACAACAAGGUCUUGGAGAUCCAAUGCGCGGAUCUCACCAAGGCCGGCUCAGAGCAAUUCGAAUACAAUGUGACCCUUCGAUUGAAUUUCCCUGAUCCGAUUCUUCCGUCGUGUGUUGCACUGGCAGACCAUGAGGAUCACGAGAUUCUCAGUCUGUUUGUGAUUACGGCCUCGAAACAACUCCACACAUUUUCGAUCCGCCCGGAGUUCUUCAGAAGAACUGAAUCAAUUGACGAGAAAGUGUCGGACUGGUGCAAAACAUGUGUUCCUGCACCUCUUUCUUUCUCUCACCCCCACCGACUGCAUGCCAGUAGCCCGCUUGAGCUGUUCAUCUCACUUGACAAUGGUGCCCUGCUGCGACUCACUCGGAGGGCUGGGGAUGAUGGCUCACACUUCACCCCGUUGACCUUUGACGAACGAACUUGGGGGGCCUCGAUCCGCGGCCUAGUGAAAUGGAAUAUACCCUCUUCGCUGCGACACGAUGGACGAAGCCUUGAUUUGAAUGUCGCCAAUGCCAUUACUACAACCUCCGACGAGACUUACGUUUUUGCGAUAUGUUUGAAUCACACAUUGAAGAUCUGGAACCUAGCCACGAACAGAUUGGUCGCGACAAAAGACCUCUUGGGUCGCCCAACCGAUCCUGAUGUCCCACCAUACACCUUGAACCCCGCCGAGACUUCUUUCAUCCGGGUAUUUAACGCAGAGAGAGCCAUGGACGGAAGCCAUCGCUUUUAUGUGGUAACUUACUCUCCCUUUGAGGAUGGGCGUUUCAAGUUUUGGGCUGUGAAGGGAGGCCUCACUUCGGAUUUGGUUAUCGAAGACCUCUAUGCAGAUGCGAUUUUCCGGCCAAAGGAUCCCGAUGUCACAGGCAACAUGUUUUGGAACAUUGCUGAUUUCCAAGUAAAGUCCAUGGAUGAAGGAAAGGGCAUGGAGUUGUGGGUGCUCUGGAGAAACCACGGUCUCUAUCAACUAUACUCUAUUCACUUCGAUCUUCAGACUUUGGUGACUGACUGGGAAAGCAAUUGGGUCUCAACCACAUUUGAGGCACAUCGACAACUACAACUGCCUCCUCCAACACUGGACGAUGUGGUGGAUCCAACAGAGCGGUGGCUCGAAUACCUUCUACACCCCAAUCGAUACUUGCCAGAAGUCCUCCAGACUGCCCUGGCAAUUUACCAAGAAGCCCUUAAGCCCUUGUCAUCUGCAUCAGUUGGGGUUUUGAAGAAGGAUAUGUCACUGGCAGAAAAGCUGUGUUCUACAAUCACAUCCACCGUCUCUUUGCGUAAAUACGCCGAGGAUGAGAUGGACUACAGUCGGUAUCGAACAGACACAGAUGCAAAGUGGCGCCAGUUCUGGCAAGUUGCGGACGAUCUCAACAAGCGAAGGUUUGAACCGGUGUCUUUGGCCUACGAUUCAUACUUUGAGAUGCCAUGGCUUCUUCUUUCAGAUGCCUGUGCUGUGGUUCGGGAAUGCAAUACCACCGAAUUACUCGUUCACAACUCAGGCUCUGAACUGGCCGAGGAAAAAUCUAAAAUCGCAGAUCGUUGGAGACACCGGAACCUGGGUGCGGAGCUUGGAACCUUUUAUGAUCAAGCAUCGUCGCUGGUCAAGGUCUCCUCAAACUUCCGGAAGCAAUUCUCUGCGGAGCUUGUUGCCGCUUGCCGGGCUGCGCUUGAUGUUGAGAUCUACAACGAGCCAUCCUCAUCUAUCACCGACCGCAUGGAUUCAUUCCGCGAGCGCUGUGAAUUCGCGGAACAAAUUUCCAACAAGACCUUCGACGGUUUAGUCGCAGCUUUGAAUGAGAGUUUAGAUGCCGAGAACUUGCCUGCGGAUGCUUUCUAUGCCAUCAUUGAAACUGUUCCUCUUGGUUUCAACGGCAAAGACUCGGAACUUCUCUCAACCACCUUUGGUACGCGUUUGCUUGUGAGUGGUUCUCUUGAGACUAUUGUUCUGAAUCGUCAGAUGCUCUUCGAUCUGUUGAUCUUGGUUUCAUUUGUGGAUGGUGAGAUUGAACAGGGCGGGCGUUCCACCUUUGAUGGUGCUGGCCUGUUCUCUGCUCUUAUUGAUAUUCUCCGCGAGUAUGAAAUGAUGUACUGGCUGAGCUCAAAUAUCCGAAAGCGUGUCGACCAGCCUACCGACACUCGUGCAGAUACAUCGACACCGGUGUUCUCUCUGAAGGAUAACAAAUCUAAACCCAAAAACCAAAGGACGGUGACUAUCCUCGAGGACCUAUUUGUCACAGAUAUCAAGCCACGUCAAGCAGUUGGACAGCCUCAGAGCUAUACACUAACUUCGGGAAUUCGGGAUGUCUUGGCUUGGGUUACCCGGCCAGGAGAGGUCACUUAUGCGAAUGCUCUGGCAUACAUUCAGUGCGAUCUUAUUGCCAAGAACAACAUUGAUCUCGCUUGGGAUUUCCUCCGCUUCCAAGCAAGCACAUCUUGGGCGACUUAUGUUAAGGGGCGUUUGUAUGUGGCGAUGUCAGAAUUUGACACUGCUGCCAUUUACUUCCGGAAGGCAGCAUAUCUGCUUUCUUGUGGCAAGCCCUUGGGUAACCUCCACGAAAUGUCCUCGACGCUCCUAGACCUGGUUUCUGUGGACUGCUUCCAUAACGGCAUUCCCAAAUACUACCAGCAUAUUCUUUCUGUGUUUGAACGAGUGCGCUCCUUCUCACAUGUUGCCGACUUCGCCAGUCUGGCGCUGCAGGCCCUUGACGCUGGAGCAUUGGCUGAAAAGGACCCUGAUUACUCAAGUAUGCGAACAGACCUGCUUUCCCGUCUGUUCCACGCAUCUCUCAAGACCUGCCAGUUUGACCAGGCCUACUCUGCUUUGGCCCGAUACCAGGAUCUUGCUCUGCAGAAAUCCGCCCUCAGCUCACUAGUUUCCAACAUUCUCAUCGUCUCCGGACCUGGACCUUCAGGUCUCAAACAAAUCCUCCGCUUCCCUAAUUCACUCAUCCCUAACAUUGCCUCCUACAUCGACGAAAUACUUGUCUCGCUCGCCCACAAACAACACUCCUUUCACUCAUGGCUGGAUACCGACAGCAAUGAUGCUGAAAGCUCGCCCGACUAUCACCGUAUCUUGCAAGCGUACCGCAUCUCCCGCAGUGACUAUCGCGGUGCAGCUGAGAUUGCAUACCGCAAUGUGCAACGUCUCCGCCAAGCCAGAGAGGCUCCCUCAUCCGCUGUUGUCCACAAGGGCAAGAGAGAAGUUGAGGAAGCCGUGGUCCCCGAGGACGAUCAAGAGAGCAAGGAGAUUCGUCAUGAGCUUCUGUCAUUGAUCAACCUCUUGGCCUCAGUUGACAAGAGUGAAGCUUACAUUCUCGUCGAGAUCGGACCGUUGCCAUCCUCUGGUCCAAUCACAGACUCCUCACACGCCCGUCACCAAGGCCAUCAGGCCGACAGCGACGGCAACGUCUUCAUGGAAGAUGCGGACAACACGGGAUCACCAAGCAUCUUCAAGAGCAGAAGUCGCUCUACCAGCGCUGCCUCCUUUGUGUCGGGCCGCAGGUUGAGCCGCUCCUCCAUCAGCGGUGGACGCAAUGGCGUUUCGUUCAAAUCUGCCGCCGAACGACCCCUAGAACGCAUCAUCGUGACCCUUGAACAUUUGCGUCGCGAAUACCAGUCUGAACUGGAUCGGGUCAGCCGGAUUGAGCGUGGCGACUGGGAGUUUGGUCUUGACGAAUAUGAGGAAGAAACCGAUAACGAUGAAACAAUGAUUCUUAUGUAG